CAUCCGUAUCGCUCCGUUAGCCUCAAAUCCUCAACAUAAUCGGUUGUUCUCUGCGUUUCUUCUUCCUCUUCUUUCUUUCUUUCAUUCUUUCAUUCUUCUUUCCUCUCCUGGGUUUCCUCAGACUUUGAUUCUGUUCUAUCCCCUCAAUCGAAAUUGUUUCUGAGAGGCGGGGUUUUACAGUUUUUGAGUUGCUUCGAUCUAUUGUUGGCUGAUAAGUAUUAGGGUUUUGAAGCAAGAAGAUGAAAAAGGGAAUCGAUCACAGAUAAGUUCUAUUAUAAUCCUAACGUCGAAUUUUCGUUGUGCUCUUUUCCUGAAAUUACAGCGGAUUUAAGCGAGCGCGUAGGAAAACCAUGGGUUCAGAACAGAACGAUGGCACAAGCUACCAGCCGUCGGAGCCAAAGCUCUGCGCGAACAACUGCGGCUUCUUUGGUUCGGCCGGAACGGAGAAUCUCUGCUCAAAGUGCUACAGAGACUCUCGAAUCAAAGCCGAGCAAGCGGCUUCGGCAAAAGCAGCGAUGGAGAAAUCCCUUCAGUCCAAAUUUCUUAAGCCGUCUGAAGGUAAUGCUCCGGUUGUCUUCUCGGAUUCAUCAGUGGAUUUAGAUUCGGCGUCGUCCUCCACAGGAAUUUCUCUCUGUAAUUCCGACAAAUCGCCGUUGCCGGCUAUUCCGAAUCGGUGCCGGAGCUGCAAUAAGAAAGUGGGAUUGAUGGGAUUCAAGUGCAAGUGUGAGGGAACCUUCUGUGGGACUCACCGGUACCCAGAGAAGCACGAUUGCUGUUACGACUUCAGAAGUGAUGGGCAAGAGGAGAUCGCCAUGGCCAAUCCCGUGGUGAAGGCCGACAAGGUCGAGAGGUUCUGAGAAGGAUUUGGCUCUGAACUUGGUAAAUUUUUAGUGGGUUUGUUGCUAUUAUUCGUCUUCUUGGUUCCUUUUUGUCCCUGUUUAUUUGGGUUGGUUUCAUGGGGGAUUUGGGGGGUAGAUCUUGCUUGGUUUGCUGCUGGGAAGUGAACAACUAUGGUGAAUAAUGUAGUUUGAUUCCUUUCGAUUCUGGUAUCCUUUUCGUUCACCCCAGUGUUUGUAAAGCCUGGGCAGUGGUUUUACGAAUUUGAAGAUGAACAAACAUUCUUCAUGAACCUUCUUUGAUCAGACAUGAAAUCAAUCCAUUUGAAUUCUGAAUUCUGAAGCGAAAGUGGUGUUUUCUUUUAUUUUGGGUCCAGUUGGAAAGGGGGGAUAUGUUCAAUUACUUUUGCCAUGGUGAUGAUCCUUGAUCCACUUUCUCAAGGUUUAGUGUUCCAAGACUAUUUUGUUUGAGAUUGAUAACAAAAAUAUACCGAGAUUAUCACUUUUUUUUUUA